UUCGUUUCGUGGACCAUAUUCGAGUGGAGCUUUCGCGUCCUGCGUUUAACAUGGCGUUGAACGUCCAUUUGUACGCGUGGUCCUGCGAGAGGAGCACGCGUUCGCUCCCGGUCGUCACCCUUCGGAAUAGACACGAGCCAGACACGCGGUUUUUCUUCCUUAUUAAACAACAACAUUGUUAAUUUGAAUGUCGCUCCUUGCCGGCGUUUUACCACUGAAACAGUGGCCAUUCUGAGACGCGGAAGUGAUCUUUUUCUUUAUGAAAAUCUAAAAUGAUUUCAGAGGAACAAGAAAGUGACAAUUUGACUGUCCAGAACCACUUUCCCCAGCCUUUCAACAAUCCUCUCUCCCCCAAACAAAACAGUGAAAGUGUCAGUGUUGAAAAUGAGCAUUCCGAGGACCAAAAGGAAGAUAACAAUGCAAUUAUGACAUUCUCUUGGCACGAACAUGUUUAUAGAAGACUGACAUCAAAACCAACCCCCCAUUAUAUUGAGAAUAUUUUGGGUUUACAAUGUGACAAGCCCUUAAAUUCUGUUGAUUCAGAAAUGGAAAAUAUGUGCCUGAUAUCGGGAGUUUCUAAAGACAAUUUAGCGAAAGUACAAUCAAAUGUUACGGACAUUAAUGAACCUCUUAAUUUAUCCAUUAGAAGUAGCAUCAAAGUGAAGACGAAAGUUUCUAAAGAACCCAAUAAAAAGAGGAAAAAAGGCAGAGAAAAAGGACCACUAGACUUGAAGCUGUCCAACUUCACUGGAAACCAUAUAGAUACAGCAGGAGAAGACUCAGAUGCCAAGAACAAAAAGAAAAAGGCGAGAACUACUUUCACUGGUAGACAAAUCUUUGAAUUAGAGAAACAAUUUGAACUCAAAAAAUACCUGAGCAGUAGUGAGAGAUCAGAGAUGGCUAAAUUACUGAACGUAACAGAAACACAGGUGAAGAUUUGGUUCCAAAACAGACGGACGAAAUGGAAAAAGAUCGACAAUAUUUCUAACGCAGAGGCUGCGGGGCACAAAAAUCACGCUAUAUCAAAGGAUGGUUCGAAAAAUAGUGAUGAAAAAGGAUUGUUCUCGAAAACAAUUAGUCAGAGUUCGAAUUCGAGCUUGGAAAGUGAUUCGAAAAGUUCAGCUACUUCUACUGUUACAGACUCAUCUUUACCGCAUAAAACAUUCAAGGAUAUCUUAAAAACGAACGGUCUCUCAGUGAAAGAUGCGAUCUUCGAGAACAAGACGGAGUCUGCCAAAGAUAUACUAUUGAAUUUGACUUUUAAAGCAGACAAAAACUCAUAAAACUUGCAUUGGUGUUAAAUAUUUUUGUUUGUCCAUGACCGAUGUCGUUUAAGGUUGAAAAAAAAUUGUAACUUUAGUUUCACCUACGUCGUCUGCAUUUUUGAAAAUGAAAACAAAAUUUUUUCUGUUGUAGCCGAGGUAAUCACUCCUAUUCGGAAAAUUCUCUCUUACAGGGUACAAAGAACGAAUGAUAUAUCAAAUAUUGAUUGGUGAGGUCUAGAAGCCAUCUGACGUUCUAAAAUGAAUUGCAUCUGAUAUUGGCAACAGAUGGCGACACAUGAUGAUCCACAAGAUGUAUAUUUUCUGUUUAUAAACAUACAAGGGAGAUUAUAAAAAGAUUAUAGCUCCAUCAAAUUAUGUUAGCGUAGCCAAUUUCGUACCGGGUUCUUCAAUAUACAUCAUCUGCCCCACCUAAAAAUAUGAAUCAAAUUAUUUUUGCUGAUAAACUAGAAAUUGUACACCCACCGUUUUAUCUAUUGGCUAUAAGUGACCUAGACUGAAAUGCAAACAUAUUAUUAAAAAAAUCAAAUUCAACAAUUGAGGUAGUUCGACGAUUCAUUAUUAUUGAACAACAAAGGCAAUUUUGAUUUGUAUACUAUGUGUACGAUUCAACUUCACAUUUAUUGUCGGUACACGUAGAAUUAAUUUUUCAACAUGAUCCAAAUAAAGUAGUAACAGAUUGCGUUGAAUUUUAGGCCCAUCACAACUGGCGAUGUACCGGCAGUAAAUUCAGGAGUUAUAUUCGUACUUAAUCAUAUAACACAAUAGAUCUUAUUGAGAAUUCAAACAAGAAAAUAUAGAUUUCGUUCCAAUUAAAUUUUUUACUUCGGACACUGGAAAUUUACGCAGCAUAGAUGUAACAAACAAUGUUUGAAGACUUUGAAAUGUGAUAAAAUUUCUAAAUAGUUAUAGAUGUUCCCCUGAUGUAAAUGAAAUGUUCUUGAAAAUUGCCAAAUGAAUGAAAACUGGUAAACUUCAUGAGGCAACACAAAUUUUGAAAUCCCCCAUGAAAAUGAGUACAAUUUCUUUAUUUGCAUAUAAAUUAGAAAGAUAUUUUUAAUAACUAUUUAUUUUAGAUGUGUAUCAUGAUCAACCUGAUUAUAUGAGUGCCAUUUGGUUUAUAACUUAAUGUAAUGAUAAAAAGAA